AAUGUUUACUUGCCUGUGAUGGAUGCCGUUAUCAGUGGCUUUAAGAAAAGGUUCCAAAAUCUUCCUUUUGCUAAAGCAAUAGAUAAGUUUUGGGAACUUGACCUACAGGGUGCAAAAGAAUUUGUCGAUCACUAUAAGGAUGCUAUGAAAGUGGACAUUGAUAUGCUUCAAGCAGAGGUCAAUGUGAUGAAAAAUGUGCUUCAAAAUCGGGGGAAAGAACUCAAUUUUAAAAACCUGAAGACGGAAAUUAAUGAAGACUUCAUGCCAAACUUAUACAAGCUUUUGCAGGUCUCUAUUGGCUUGUCCAUUAGUUCGGCGAACUGUGAACGAAGCUUUUCUGCCAUGCGCCGAAUUAAAACAUGGCUUCGGACAACAAUGAUGCAAACUAGAUUUUCGAAUCUCUCUUUGCUUCAUAUUGAGAGUACAAUGGUCAAAGUGAAAAACUUCUCUGGAAGAGUAAUAGACAUGUUCUCGAAGCAAAUUAGAAAAUUGAGAUUUUGUUAAAAAUGCUUGUUUAGAAAAUU